AGUGUAAAGUUUCACUGAAGCACAUGACUGGCUUUAAUGGCUGCUGAGCGCUGGGGCGCGCGCGCUGGCUAGCGCAACGUUGCGUUCUCUCCUCCCUCCUUCCCCUCCGUCCCAUUCGGGUCAGGCAGCCGUUCGGUGUGGAUUUGCAGAGCUGGGACCCUUGAGCGUGUAUCUCUGUCUUCGUGAAAACAAGACUGGCUUGGUGGGGGGGGGGGAGAUUGGCGAGAGUUUUGUGCAUGCCCUAGAAACAGAGAGAGGGAGAGGGAACCUGCUUUCCAGCUCUAUCACCACCUUGCGCAGAGGACUUUGCAGCUUCUCCUACAUGCUUUUUUUUAGAAGAUCUGUUCCCAAAGGCACCUGAAAUAUUUUUGAAAUCUUGAGGAUACACUCUGCUUGCCUGGGGAAUUUUCUGGUGAACUGAACAUAUUUCUUCUCCUUAACUUUGUCCUGAACCCCAAGGGAAGAGGAAAUUUAUUGAUUUUGCAUCAAAGUUUCAUGGUUCUGGGCUGCACCUCUAUAUUAAGUACUUUGCAUUCAGCCCUUAUGUGAGUCUUUUUUUUAUCAAGGAUCAGGCCUGUGGAUUGUGCCAGCUAUGGCGAGCAACAGUAGCUCCUGUUCUACACCAGGGAGUGGACAUCUCAGCAGCUAUCCGGUUCCGCAUUAUUUCUUCUUUCCUCACAUGAUUGGAGGCCUCUCACCUCCAGGAACUCUGCCUGGAAUGCAACACCAGCUGCCAGUCAGUGGGUAUAGUACACCUUCACCAGCUACUAUUGAAACACAAAGUACCAGCUCAGAAGAGAUUGUACCCAGCCCUCCUUCACCACCCCCACUGCCCCGAAUCUACAAACCCUGCUUUGUGUGUCAGGAUAAGUCAUCUGGCUACCACUAUGGUGUUAGCGCCUGUGAAGGAUGCAAGGGCUUUUUCCGUCGUAGUAUCCAGAAGAACAUGGUAUAUACCUGUCACCGGGACAAGAACUGUAUCAUCAACAAAGUGACCCGGAACCGCUGUCAGUACUGCCGCCUACAGAAGUGCUUUGAAGUUGGCAUGUCCAAAGAAUCUGUCCGCAAUGAUAGGAACAAGAAGAAAAAAGAUGCUCCAAAACAGGAAUGUUCAGAGAGCUACAUCAUUACACCUGAGGUGGAGGAUCUCAUUGAGAAAGUGCGCAAGGCUCACCAGGAGACCUUCCCUGCCCUCUGCCAAUUGGGCAAAUACACCACAAACAACAGUUCAGAUCAACGGAUAUCUCUUGACAUUGAUCUGUGGGACAAAUUCAGUGAAUUGUCCACAAAGUGCAUCAUCAAGACAGUUGAAUUUGCCAAGCAGUUGCCAGGUUUUACCACGCUCACAAUUGCUGACCAGAUCACACUCCUCAAAGCUGCCUGCCUUGACAUCUUGAUCCUUCGGAUAUGCACACGCUACACACCAGAGCAGGACACCAUGACCUUUUCUGAUGGCCUGACCCUCAACCGCACUCAGAUGCAUAAUGCAGGCUUUGGACCCCUCACAGACCUGGUCUUUGCCUUUGCCAACCAGCUGCUGCCACUUGAGAUGGAUGAUGCUGAAACAGGACUCCUCAGUGCCAUCUGCCUCAUAUGUGGAGACCGACAAGAUCUGGAACAACCAGACCGAGUGGAUCAAUUGCAAGAACCAUUGUUGGAAGCCCUGAAAAUUUAUGUGAGGAAGAGGAGACCUAGCAAACCCCAUAUGUUCCCCAAAAUGCUGAUGAAGAUUACAGAUCUACGGAGCAUCAGUGCAAAAGGUGCUGAAAGAGUGAUAACUUUGAAAAUGGAGAUUCCUGGAUCAAUGCCACCCCUCAUCCAGGAAAUGCUGGAGAACUCUGAAGGCAUGGACUCUUUGGGGGGCUCAACAGGAGCUCCUUCCCGUAUCAGUAGCUUAGCUCCACCUCCAGGCAGCUGCAGCCCUAGCCUCUCGCCCAGCUCCAACAGAAGCAGUCCUGCCACACAUUCACCCUGACCAUGCUGGACCCCUGAACUAGUUGCUUGAACCCCCCCCCCUCUGCGCACAUUGGUCUUUUGCUUCCUGGGUCUGCCUGGACACUCGUCUCAGGAGGAGCAGAGGUGGGGUGAAGGCAAAACAGUGGGACAGACUGCCGCAGCAGGCAUUCUCCUCCCUCUCUGUACCACAUCAGUCCUGCUCAGACCCAAGAGGGAAGGCUUCUUAUGUUCUCCUGUACCAGCACACUAUUUCUCACUUAGCUGUUCAAACAGGGUUCUGCUUGCAAGGGAGGCCCCUGUUCUCAUGGAGGGAAGCCCAGACCUUCUCUGAAAGCAGAUCAGCAAGUAGAUCUGAAGAACGGCUGCUCAAAAUUAGGAGCAAGAUUUUUUUUUUUUAAAAAAAGAAACUAGUUACAGAAAAAAAACAACCCUUCUCUGUGGCACGCAUCCCUCCCCCACUCUUCAGUCUUGUCAUGCACACGUACAUGCCUCCACAAAGAUGUUGCUUGCUUCUUGUUGCAGUGAAAAUGAAGUAGUGGGGGUUUUUUCCAGUUGAGUUUGCAUUUCAGAUAUUUCGAGGAAAGGGUAUAACAUUUUUUUUAAAUUGCUCAAACCUUCUCUUCAUCCUCAAUUUGACCGUGCAAUCUUACCUCUUUUCUUGCCUCCUUCUACUUCUUGUCCACUCACAUAUUCCUAAAAAUGUCACCAGCAAUUUUUUUUAAAAAAAGAAACAGUUCCUCAGUUUCUUUUUUUAAAGUACAGUACAACAUGGAGGGAAGGAUUCAUUUAAGAAAGAAUAUCUGUUAUAUAUACAAAUAUCUAUAAAUAUAUAUAAAUACAUUUGAAAAAAAAAACUUUGUACAGGUUUGGAAUUUGAAGAGUUUCUAAAAAGAGGGUGGCAAGCAAAAGGCCAGAAAAGCCAAACCAAACCAUGGAGAUUCAUGUAUGGGGUUGGUCACGCUUCUCAUUAUAGAUUCAAAACUAUUAUCUAACCAGAGUUACGUACUUGAAUUUGGUAGCCACUCUUCUACAAACACUGUGCCAGGAAUGACCGAGAUACCUGGCAUUGGUAAGUAAUAAUCAGCUCAUGCACAGUUGCUCAUGAAUUCUGCUCAGUUUAAACAGCCAGAAAUGCACAAUGGGGAAAAAGUUAGCACUGCAUUCAAAACUGAAUUCUUGGCUGGUCUCUUAUUUAACAAUACAGAGUCUAAAGAGCAAGGCAUAUUUAAAAAAAAACCCCACAAGCCACUGUUCUAAUUUGCUUUGGUCAUAUUUUCAGGGAGAGCUAAUUAAAAGCAAUAGGACAACAUUCCUUGCUGCCAGAAUUUCCUGGAGUGUGUUUAAGUUUCAGUGUUUCCUGCAACUGUGACUAAUAUGAGUUAAAGAUACUUAAUUUUGGCUAGUGGUGUACUUAUCUGGCUGCUUUUAUUUGCAAUAUAUCUUGUUUGGAUCACAUGGAUACAAAGCCAAAAUCUCACCAUUCUCUUUUUUAUUUCGAUUUUGGCAAAUGAAAAAUUGAGAAGUGAGGGGGUUCUGAGCAUUGUGAUAAAAGUAUUGUUUUGAGCAAAAUGCUUUGUUUUCUAAAGGUGUGUCUGUGUGUGUGUGUGUGUCAAAAACACAUUGUUACAUGUUCUUACUAACAAAAAGCCAAUUUCCCCCCUCUUCCUCAACUCUUAAUUCUUAUUAUAAAAUACUUUUGAAAGGGCAACCCUUAAUUUUGUAAGGCACAGAAUUUUAUCAGGGGAAACAUCUUACUUUUUUUUUUCUUCACUCCACUGCCCUUUGUUUACUUUACUGGUUUCUGGGUUGAAUAAUUUGAAUCUUCUUUUGAAGGAGAAAGAUUAAGGGCUGGGGUCUAAAGAGUUAAUGUUAGAAGCUUUGUGGUGUGUGAAGGGUUUCUUUUCUAUAACAACUCACACAAUCUGAAUUGCCCUAUCACCAAAUAACUUGUGUCAUGUGGACCAAGAGUUUGGGGAAGGAUUGCUUUUCAAAGAGAACAAGGCAGGUGGACAAUCACUGUAGUCCCUGAACAUAAUAGGACUUUCUUCUAAGUUCCAUGCAUAACAUGACACCACUAGACUUCCUCCCUAUGCCUAUUUAUCUAGAAAUAAGGAUUGUUCUCUAACUAUACAAUCCUGCUUGUGUUUAUGCAGAAGUAAAUCUGCAAAGCUUAGUUCCAAGGCCAUGGAAAUAGAAAUGAGGUCCUUCAAAAUCUUGCCCCAUUAGGUUGAAAACAACUUAUAUGGGUGGAUUCCUGAUUUAUCUAUAGAAUAUACAGAAUGCUUUAAAGAUAUAGCCAGCUCUAAAUCUCUUUAGGGCAGACUGAGGGGAUUUCCAGCAUGAUUUAUUCUUGCUUCUUUCUUUGUGUUGAUAUUUGAGUGUGUAGAAUAUGUAACAUAACAUUUAAACAGAAUUGGGUAGGGUAGCAACAAGAUUUUUAUUCUCACAGAAGCUCCUCCCCAGGUUGUAAGGCAUGUGCUCCACAUUUCUCAGAUAUGUAUAUAAAGCUGUUAUUUCAUAUAAGAAAUGGUGAGUUUAAAUUGUUGAAUUAGAUGGGGAUGGGCUGAUGAGAUGUCUUAUCUCUUUUCCUUAAAGUUAAAAAAAUGACUAUCUCAUGUAAAUGAAUUACCUUGUUCUCAGCCCUAUUGCAUUAGUGAUCAGCAAUUUAUUGAAAGGUUAAGUCAACAGGGGUUAGCCAUGGUAAUCCAAUGCACCUUUCACAUGACAAGAUACUAUACUUUUAAAUAUUAGGUGCCAAGGAGUAACAAUAAAGGAAACCUCUGUGUGUUACAAUUAUUUUUGAAAUUUCAGAAAUAUUUGGCUGGUUGCCCUGAAAAUAGAAUUAGACCAAUGAUAAGGUAAAUCCACAUCUUAGUUCUUAUUACACCAAUUUACAAUAUUGUCUAUAACCUUGCACAUAGCAAAGGAUGCAUCUAUAAGGACACUAAGGUGGAAUUUUGAUGGCAUAGUGAGCUUUGUUUAGUAACCGUUUACUAAAUGAACUACAACUACCCAAUUUUAUGUUUUUGGUAGUAGAGGCAGAACUACUCUGCAUGGCAACUCAGUGCUGUCCAAUCAAAGUGGAGAAACAUGACCAUAUUUAAUCUAUCAUUAAUGUAAGGAUUAGUUAUAAAAACCAUACAUUAACAUUAAUGUAUGGAUUAUGAAAACCAUGUAGUACAGAAGUUUGGAUGGCCUUUUCAGAUGAGUUUGUCAGAAUCAUUCUGGGCUGAGAAUAAUAAAUAGGUUUAAAAGUAAAUAAUUACCUAUACUCUUUUCAAAUCAUUUGCCUGAACUAUGUUAAAAUAACCCCACAAAAUAUUGGGCUAGAAAGAUUCUUAAAAAAUUCUCUCAUUUAGAGUUGUGUGUAAUCCUUAAAGUCAUAUUGCAGCAUUCUAAUAGGAAACCAGCUGCUUAACGUUGUAAUUCUUUUGAGCAUCUCUUUGAUGAAAUUGAAAUGUUAGCGGGAUGAAGUUUAGGUUCAUAAAGCCCCUUUCUUCAAGUUGUUGCCUCCAGUUAUGUUGGACUACAAUCUUCCAACAUAUAGAUACUAAUAGCAUUUGAAAAACACCUUGAGAGAAAAACCAAUUUUCCUCAUGCUUUUGUUUUAGAGAAUAUGACAUUUGAGAAGGCGGAAGGUAAUCCUCUGUUCCCAAUUCAUGGGAACAAAAUGCAUCUUUUAACUAGCAAAAUGCACUGUUUGUGGUUGAACAUCUGACUUGCAAGGCUCCUAAAGAAGUGUGAUGGUGCUUUUGAAUCUUUUGUAAAAUUCUCAUCCUGUAGAGAGAUGAUUGGGCAACAGCUUUAUUCCAAUACUCCACUAGAACAUUUUAAGAAUAGUGCAGGCAGAAAUUCUACCAGAUACAUUUUCUCUUGUUUGAAGAAAAUGGAAUGAAGAAAGAAAAAUAGAAAUGUCCAUUUUAUAGUUGCCAAUAAUCUCCUGGUACCCCAAAAUUGUGAUUGCAAAAAUAAGCUAAAAUAUUUGUUGGGUAUACUUCACAUUAUUUCACAUUCAGAAAAUAUACUACAUUUGUUUGAUCAUUGACAGUUCUCAAAUGAUGAGAUUACGUUUGUUCCUGGAGUUUUCUUCUGUUACAGGCAGUGGCAUUUUGUUCUCCUUUCAUUAGUGUUUCUCUUAAAACCUAUUAAAGAUUGGAGGUUGACAAUCUGAGUAACAUUUUGUUGCACAGAGUCGUGACAACAACCCUAAUAUGGAUCAGUUGUCAUGUGCAUCACCUCUUGUGCUUCUGUGCUUUUACAUUUGUUUACAAAAGGCAGACAGGUUUGAUGGAUCAGGCUUACCAGGCUGCACCCCUUUAAUGUAAGGAUGAACAAUCUCUUUUUGUUAUGAUCUUGCUUAUGAUGUAUUAAUGUUGAAUGGACUCAGAAGAAUCACGGGAUUUAAAGUAAUCCAAUCACAUGAUUCAAGUAGAUGGAGUUGGAAAAUUUUGUCCCUUUCUAUUUUCUUUUUGGUGAUGGGAUUUAUUACUGAAUUUAGCCUUUUGUGAGGUUUGUCACCCCUUAUCAGUUAUACAAUAUGAUGUGGUGGGCAUAGUGACCUAAGAGAUAUAGAGGCUAUUCAACCUUGUUUUAAUGAUGCCAGCAUCUAGAAUCAAGUCCAGGAAAAGAUGGAGUUGCUUUUUCACCUGUUCAGCAGUGGACAUAGAAAUGAGGCUAAUGGCAUUUUGUUAUUUAAUCAAAAUGGAAUAAUUACAGCUCUGGAAGUGAAGUUCAGUCCUUCCUUUAAAAACUGCAACUCUUAGCCCUGGAAAACAUACUUUGUAAGAGUUUGUAAAAAUGAAAUAAGGUGUCAAUACCUCUUUUAAAGUGGAGGUGACAAAUAUGGAGGCUGGCUGAGUAUGUGGCGGGGAAGGGAAGAAUAAUUUCUACAUUGUGCUGCAGUACAAUAGUAACUAUAUCAAAUACUUGUGUCAACUUUCAUUUAUGAGAUUUCAUCUGAUUUCAACCUGUAUAAGUGUUUUUUGCUUCAAUUGUUCUAAAGCCAAAUCUUUGCUUCUGAAGACUCAGGGUAUAUUUGGUACACAACAGUGUAACGUGGCUGUAAUUGCCACUCAUUAACCAAGCUUCUUUGCCAAGUACUGUGAGAAGGUAAAUUACCAAGUAUGCAACAUCUCAUGUAUGCACAAUGCUCCUUCCCUCAAUAUAGGACCCAUAGGUAAACAAGUUUAACAUUGAGACUACAAAUGUAACAGAAUAUAGGCUAGAGCAGGGGUAGGUAACCUUGGCUCUUUUAUGACUGGUGGACUUCAACUCCCAGAAUUCCUGAGCCAGCACAGCUGGCUCAGGAAUUCUGGAAGUUGAAAUCCACCAGUCAUAAAAGAGCCAAGGUUGCCUACUCCUGGGCUAGAGUGUAUUAGUGUGUCUUGAAUAAGCCUAUUCCACAAAGACAACAUUUUCCUCCCCCCAUCAGUUUAAACAUUUGUAUCCUGGUCACUAUUUCUGCUAUUUCAAAAUUUCAUUGGCUUGGUCCAAAUUGAUCCUAUUCUGUAACAUCCUCCCUCUUUCUGUGUACAAAGGGAAAGAUGGGGGAAACAACAGACUUGACAAAUGCUAGUUUCCUGUUGAAGGUCAGAGUGAAGCUGUCAAUGGCACCCCUGCUGCUUUGCCAGGCUAGUGAGGAAAUUGCAAAGCUGUGAAGCCGGCAUUUCCAUUUCAGGACCUGAAGCUUGAGCUUUUCCAGCUGAAAAGAACUUUCAAAGCAGGUUCUAUUGCACUGCAGCUGAGCCAGAUGUACAUCAUUUCUGGAGGCAUAAAGAAGACAAAAGCAUGGGAUUACUGUACACAAAUGUGGAAUCAUUCCAAGAAUGACGAGAACACCACUGGUGCAAGUCCCAAAAUGAUGGACAAUAGCCAAAGAUGGGGAGGGCUUUAAAAUCAAAGAAAUGUAAAGAGAAUUAUGGGAAUGGUUGUGAUAAACUGCUUCUGAAAUAAAGAGAGAAUUUGAACUGGAGAAUAA